AAACGUCCAUCGGCCUUGGCUUUUCUACUAGGGUUAGGGUUGGAGUGGCUGCCUCUGGUCGUAAUCCUUUUCCUCUUCCCCAUUUCCGCGGCUCUUUGCACAAAGUGAGAGAGGAAGAGAGGCACAGAGAGCGGCCAUGGUUCUCAAGACUGAGCUGUGUCGGUUCAGUGGUGCCAAGAUAUAUCCGGGCAAGGGUAUCCGAUUUAUACGUUCUGAUUCGCAGGUUUUCCUUUUUGCCAAUUCAAAAUGCAAGAGGUACUUCCACAACCGUCUGAAACCAUCAAAGCUUACCUGGACUGCUAUGUACAGGAAACAACAUAAGAAGGACAUGCACGCAGAGGCUGUUAAAAAGAGGAGACGUACCACCAAAAAGUCGUACUCUCGAUCAAUUGUAGGUGCCACCCUUGAAGUCAUUCAAAAGAAAAGAACUGAGAAAGCUGAAGUUCGAGAUGCUGCCAGAGAAGCCGCUCUCCGCGAGAUAAAGGAGAGGAUUAAGAAAACUAAGGAUGAGAAGAAGGCAAAGAAAGCGGAGGUGAUGGCCAAGACACAGAAGUCGCAGCCGAAGGGUGGCGUACCCAAGGGUGCUGUACCUAAAGGCCCAAAACUCGGUGGUGGUGGUGGGAAGCGCUGAGGCGAUUACAUGACUGUAGUGAUGCGUCAUCUGGAUUUUGGUAUAAAAGAGAAAAGAAUGUAGUAGAUGCUUUUGGUAGAAUCCAAGCACACUUUGUUUAAAACUUUAAACCUAACGGAAUGUUCUUUUUUUC